UUAUGUAACCUCGUAUCAGCUGAACUGAAAAUUUUGGCGUCAAUGUCCACAGCAAUGGCGAAAGAAGAUAAAGAGACAGAAGAGCCAAUCUUCCACAGAGGACAGCCUCUUCAAGGGGAAUCUGUAAAGGAAGAGUCUCAGUGGAGUGAGAGAUGCUAUGGACUUUGGCUGCGAGAUGAAAAAGAAUAUGGAGGGACAGCUGAGCCAGUUUGUUUAGGAAUCAACAUUGUCCAUAUCACAAAGAGGGUGCUCAAUUCAAAAAUAACACCUUCAAGUACAAGAGGAGUUCAAAUAAUAAUUGAAGAAAUGGCAAAUGAAGAAAAAACACAGAUGUUUAAAACAGAUGAAAAUAUUGGCGAAGAUGGAAUGAUAGCGUACAGAGCUCCAAAAAUAAAAAGGCCAAAAAAAGAUGAGACAACAAAGCAGCCAACAUUGUCUGAUAAUAUAAUGGAAAACUUCAAAGCAAAGGCUGCAAACAUUAAUAAAAGAUACGAAAAAUACACAAAUGAUCCUGCUGCAGUAACAGAAAUAUGGUAUGAGUUCAAAGAUGGCGCAUAUCAUCAUUAUGAAACAGGGAAACGACUCCUGAGCUAUGUCAAACCAUCAGAAAAAUGGUUACAGAUGAACACCUUUUGCAAGCAACAUUUUGAAGAUGCAGUCAAUUGGUUCAAUGAAAAAAGUGGGAAAUGAAAAUAUAGUUUGGUUUAAAGCCUUGUAAUGUACAUACUUAUAUCGUUAUGUGUCUUGUUACUGAAUGCUGCUAUGCAGAAUUUGAAUAAUGAUGUAUUGAAAAUUUAAUUUAUUGGUAGACAGUAGUAGUGUGUGCCUGAAAUAAAACAUCGAAAGGCUGUUUAUGUAACAAUUAAUUGCAGCAUAGGAAACUGACUGUUUUUUUAUAUUAGUAUUGGCAUUAAAAAAUUGCUAUCCUCAUUAUCAGACAUGAUUAAUACAUAUUUCAUAUCUAUAAUCUUCUGCAAACCUAAAAUUGUUA